ACUAUAAAAGAAGCAACACCCUCCUCCUCUAUUUACGUCUUCUCCGUAAUCACUGCGAGGUUGAGAGAUUUCCCAAGUCGUCUUUUGCUGUUUGUGUUCUUCACUGUUGUUAGCUAUGUCUUUGCUCACAGAUCUCAUCAACCUCGACCUCUCUGACUCCACUGACAAGAUCAUCGCCGAGUACAUAUGGAUUGGUGGAUCUGGCAUGGACCUCAGAAGCAAAGCAAGGACUUUGCCAGGACCUGUUAGUGACCCCUCCAAACUCCCCAAAUGGAACUAUGAUGGGUCCAGCACAGGCCAAGCUCCAGGGGAGGACAGUGAGGUCAUCCUCUACCCUCAAGCCAUUUUCAAGGACCCAUUUAGGAGAGGCAACAACAUCUUGGUUAUGUGUGAUGCUUACACUCCGGCUGGAGAACCAAUUCCAACCAACAAGAGAAAUGCUGCAGCAAAGAUAUUCAGCCAUCCCGGUGUUGUUGCGGAAGUGCCCUGGUAUGGUCUGGAGCAAGAGUACACCUUGUUGCAGAAAGAUGUGAACUGGCCCCUUGGCUGGCCAAUUGGUGGUUUUCCUGGCCCUCAGGGACCGUACUACUGUGCUGCCGGCGCUGACAAGGCAUUUGGGCGUGACAUUGUUGAUGCUCAUUACAAGGCCUGCAUUUAUGCUGGAAUCAACAUCAGUGGCAUUAACGGUGAAGUCAUGCCAGGACAGUGGGAGUUUCAAGUUGGUCCUUCAGUUGGCAUCUCUGCGGGUGAUGAAUUGUGGGUUGCUCGUUAUAUUUUGGAGAGGAUCACAGAGAUUGCUGGAGUGGUUCUUUCUUUUGAUCCCAAGCCAAUCCCUGGUGAUUGGAAUGGAGCUGGGGCUCACACAAAUUACAGUACUAAAUCCAUGCGAAACGAAGGAGGCUAUGAAAUCAUCAAGAAAGCAAUUGAGAAGCUGGGACUAAGGCACAAAGAACACAUUGCAGCAUAUGGAGAAGGCAACGAACGCCGUUUGACAGGAAAACAUGAAACAGCUGACAUUAAUACCUUCAAAUGGGGAGUUGCAAACCGUGGUGCUUCUAUCCGUGUUGGGCGUGACACAGAGAAAGAGGGCAAGGGAUACUUUGAAGACAGGAGGCCUGCUUCCAACAUGGAUCCAUAUGUGGUAACUUCUAUGAUUGCUGAGACCACUAUUGUGUGGAAGCCAUAAGAAGCUCCCAAGCGAUGUGGUUCACCUGUAUCUUGUGAUAAUAUUAAACCUCUCUUGGAACGAGAGAUGGGAUUGUGGUUUACGAUAAUUUGAGGAUAAUCCAAUCUGUUAGCUAUUAGAAUAGCUUAAUUUUCCCUUUCCACCUUUAUUUGUGUUGCUGGUUUUUCCUUUGUAUUUAACGUGCCAAGGAGUGGUUAUUGCUUCAUUGCCUCCUUGCUAUUGUGUUGAAUAAUUGUGUUAUAUGAAAUUAUGAAUAACAUCUUCUAGUUUUCUUCGCCA